AUGGCUCACGAGAAGAAGGCAACAAGUAGUACUGCUGGAGUAGAGUGGAGGAUAAAUGUGGGAGAUGGAUCAUCAAAGAUAUUGGUUCAGGAGGCAGUACUUGCCACUAGAGCCUGGCUUGGUCUUAAAGGUUUGGUCUUCAAAGUUAGGAAAUUUUGGGAGAAAGCAUAUGAUGUUGGCGUUAAUGACCCAAGAAAAGUGGUUCAUUGUCUAAAAGUAGGGACGGCACUCACUGUUGUGUCACUGUUUUACUAUCUGAGGCCUUUAUAUGAAGGGUUUGGAGGGAAUGCUAUGUGGGCUAUUAUGACAGUUGUGGUAGUCUUUGAAAACACUGUAGGUGCAACAAUAUAUAAGAGUUUGAAUAGAGUGUCUGGAACUUCUCUUGCUGGAUUGCUUGCCUUUAGUGUUCAUUGGGUGGCUUGUAAAUCAGGGGAGAAAUUUGAGCCUUUGCUUGUUGGAGCCUCAGUUUUUUUACUAGCUUCUGCAGCAACCUUCUCUAGGUUUAUUCCCUCUGUGAAGCAGAAUUUUGAUUAUGGUGCUAUGAUCUUUAUCCUCACUUUCAGCCUGGUAGCCGUCUCUGGUUAUCGGGUUGAAAAAUUGUUUGAAUUGGCUCAUGAAAGACUAUCAACUAUCAUCAUUGGCAUUUCCUCAUGUUUUCUUGUAAGCAUGCUUAUUUGUCCCAUUUGGGCUGGUCAGGAGCUGUAUGCUUUAGUCACUAGCAACAUGGAAAAACUUGCCAAUUCCUUAGAUUGUUGUGUAGCUGAGUAUUUCAGUCCUGAUGACAGUAACAAAAACCUGCUUGCUUACAAAUGUGUUUUGAGCUCAAAGGCAAGCGAAGAAUCCAUGGCCAAUUUUGCUAGAUGGGAGCCACCCCAUGGUUGUUUCAGUUUCAAGCAUCCCUGGAAACAGUACCCAAAAAUUGGUGCAGCCAUGCGCAAUUGCGCUUACUGCAUUGAGGCUCUUAGUAGUUGCAUUGAUUCAGAAACUCAGGCACCUGAAUUCAUAAAAAAGCAACUAAGCACUGCUUGCCAGAGAGUGAGCUCCAAUUCCUCCAGUGUUAUAACAGAGCUAGCAGAAACUAUCAAAUCAAUGAAAAGAUCAUGCAAUAUAGAUUUCUUGGUUGAAGAAAUGAACAGUGCAGUAGAAGAGCUCCAACAAGCAUUAAAAUCUCUUUCUAAACUUUCUAUUCCACCUGAAAGCAAGAAUAUUACAGAGACACCGACCUCCGCAGCAAUGGAUACAAAAGUACCUCUAAUGGAAGUUAUGCCAGUGGUAACUUUCGCUUCUUUGCUGAUAGAAAUUUCUUCAAGGAUCAAAGGCAUUGUUAAAGCAGUGGAACAAUUAGCAAAUGUAGCUGAAUUCAAGGUCACGGUUCAGGACAAGUGCAAUGAAACUCAACGCAACAACAAACUACAAGGUCAACAGAAAGAUGAAGAAACUAUGAAGGUUCGUCAAUGGUUCUGA